AUGGCUCCAUUACAAGCACCAGUAUUACCAAUACCAGGAGAAAGUAAUACUCAACAACAAGAAGUCCCACCACAACAACAGUUUCAAUAUACCGGUCAGUUGCAAAGAAAGCAAGCACCAGAAGGUUCAAUAGAAUGGUACUUUGACCAAGGAAUAAACUGGAUGGGUGAACAUCCAGUCUUAACAGGUAUAGGUGCAUUCACAUUAGCAUAUUUUGCUGCUGGAUUUAUUAAAUCUAAUCAACCAGGUAUAAACGGUAAAGCAUUUGUUAAAGGUGGAUUUGGCCAAAAAAUGACAGCAAAAGAAGCUUUACAAAUCUUAAACUUGAAAGAAACCAACUUAUCUAAAUUAAAAUUAAAAGAACAACAUAGAAAAUUAAUGAUGGCAAAUCAUCCUGAUAAAGGUGGUUCUUCUUAUCUUGCCACCAAAGUUAAUGAAGCUAAAGAUUUCUUAGAAAAGAGAGGUGGUAUGAAAGCUAAAUAG